CGCCAUAAAAGAAAGAGUUUUGGAAAAGCAUUGGCUAAACAUGCUGAGAAAUUGAAUGUAGACAUGAAGUUGCAGCUGUGGAAGGAAGCCCUUCGAGAAGUUGCCCAAUUGUCCGGAUACCAUCUGACCAGAAAGAGGAAUGAAUCAAAAUUCAUUGAAAAUAUCAUUCAAGACGUCUCAAGAAUGGCAAAUGAUCAUUUAUAUUUACAUGUUGCUGAGCAUCCCGUUGGAUUAAAACCUCAUGUAGAAAAUGUCAAAUUGCGUUUAAGCGUUGGAACGAAAGACAUACGAAUUAUAGGAAUUUUUGGAGUUGGGGGAAUUGGUAAGACAACUCUAGCCAAAGCAAUUUAUAACUCGAUUGCUUUUCAAUUUGAAGCUAGUUGUUUUCUUCCAAUUGAUAGCGACACUUGGAAUCAAGUGAAUCGUUUGGUGCAACUGUAAAACAAACUUCUUUCUAAGAAUUUAGGAGGCUGUAGAAGUUUGGAGGUUGACAAUAUUGAUAUGGGAAUCCAUAUGAUAAAGCGUAGGCUUCACUCUAAGAGAGUUCUUCUAAUUCUUGAUGGUGUAGACCACUUGGAUCAAUUAAAAACAUUAGUAGGAGCUCGUGAUUGGUUUGGUAAAGGAAGUAGAAUCAUCAUCACAACAAGAGAUCAACACUUGUUGACUACUCAUGGAGUUGAUUCAACAUAUGAGAUGACGGGAUUGAAUCGAGAUGAUGCUUUUCAGCUAUUUUGUUGGCAUGUUUUCGGAAGUAAGAAACCGAUUGACGGUGAUGAAGAGUUUGUAGAAGAGAUCAUAAAUUAUGCUGGGAGCCUUCUACUAGUUUUAACAGUGCUCGGCUCGGAUUUAUAUGGCAGAACUAAAAAAGAGUGGGAAAGUGCAUUUGAUCAGUACAGGAAAAUCCCUCACCAAAAUAUUCAAAAAUUAAUUCAAACAAGUUAUGAUAGAUUAAGUGAAAAUGAAAAGAAUGUUUUUCUUGACAUUGCAUGUUUUUUCAAUGGAGAAUGGCUUUAUAAUGUCAUUGAGAUGCUAGAUAGUUUUGGUUUUUCCCCAAACUUUUCGAUCCCAAGACUUAGGGAGAAGUGUCUUAUUUCAAAAUUUGAUGGAAUAUUAAAAAUGCAUGACUUGUUACGAGAUAUGGGUAGAGAAGUUGUUCGACAAGAAUCACUCAAAAAUCCAGGAGCACGUAGCAGAUUAUUCUUUCAUAAAGAUGUUCGCAAAGUACUGGAGGAUGAUAUAGGAAUAGAUAAUCAUGUCGAAGGAAUUGUUAUAGAUUUUCCUGAAGGUGAUGAUAUCAUCCGCUUGAAUCCCAAGGCCUUCGAGAAUAUGAAAAGACUCAGAUUAUUUAGAUGUCGCAAUGCACAUUUUUUUGAAAAACUUAAUUGUCUACCUAAUUCAAUAAGUGUGCUUGAUUGGCCUAACUGUCCUUUACAAUCUAUGCCAUCUGAAUUUCGUGGAGAUGAACUCUCUAUUCUACUCAUGCCAAGUAGUCGCAUCUCGGAGAUACCGUUGGAAUUUAAGGUACAACUAUUAUUAUUUUCAAUAUUUCUUUCUUUAAACUUAGUUUGAUGUUCUUUUCUUUCAACAGAAUCUCACGGUUAUGAAUUUUGGUGGUUGUGAUUUCUUAACGAAAUUCUUGGAUAUUUCAAGUUGCCCAAAUUUGAAGAAAAUAGAUCUUCGUUCUUGUAAAAAUCUAGUUGAAAUUCAUGAUUCUGUUGGAUUAAUCCUUGAUAAGCUUGUUAACUUGAGACUUGGUAGAUGUUUCAAUCUAAAGAGCUUUCUAAGGAGACUCCAAUUGAGAUCUCUGGAACUCCUCUCAAGCCUUCUAAACUUUCCUAAAAUAGAAUGUGAAAUGGAACAUUUACAAGAAGUCUACUUAAUGGGCACCGCAAUAGAAGAAUUGCCUUCAUCCAUUGGGUUCCUCACUAGGCUUUCAAGUUUAUACCUAAGUGGCUCCGUAAACUUGAAGCGUCUACCAAGUAGCAUUCAUCAGUUGAGAUUUCUACAGUUUUUUGAUCUCAGCAAUUGUCCAAAUAUUAGAAGUUUUGGGAUGGAGGAGGAGGUGCAUAAUGGACAACCCACGCCCUAUGUAGUGUCUACAAGCUGGAAAAAUGAAGCUUCAUUGGGUGCAGAAUUAUCAUUGCUGCCUCCAACAAAAUCAACCACUUCUCUUAUCUUGAAUCUUAUGAACUCUGGCCUAUCAAAAUCGAAUUUCUUUGGGCCAUUUCAUUUCUUUCCCAAUCUAGAUCAUUUAGAUCUAUCAGGAAGUGAUAUCGUAAGCAUUCCUACAAGCAUCAAAAGAUAUGUUAGAUUGGGGUAUCUUAUAUUGAAUGAUUGCAAGCAACUUCAAGAAAUUAAAGAGUUUCCACCGAAUCUAAAUUUCGUACAUGCUGGGGGAUGCAUAUCACUGGAAAGUUUACCAGAAAUAUCAAAAGAAUUCAAUUUCCCACGGCUAAGAUGGAUUGACCUGGCCAGUUGCUAUAAAGUGAAUAUGGGAAAUUGGAUAUCAAAUCCUGCAUGGAAUGGAGCUGAGAUGAUAUUUCCCAGAAAUAAGAUUCUAGAAUGGUUCAGCCAUUGCAAGGAGAUCACUUCAAAUAGUCAUCGGUGUGAAUUUGAUAUUAAAGUGGCCCUACCAUAUAAUUUGGAUGACAUCAUAGGAAUUGCUUUUUGUGUUGUUAUUGAAUUCGUUGCAGCUAUUUUUUUUUAUGUUGACAUCAGGAGAGCAUUGGGAGAAAAUGUUAUUGAACCCGUUACAGUUACCUACCCCAAUCGUUAUUGGCAGGGCCAUCCAAAAUUUGAUGAAAUUGAUUCAGAUCAUGUAUGGUUAAGGUACCUAACUACAGAAAAUAUUACACGCCUACGAAAUGUGAGUGCAGAUCAGGCAAAUGAUCAUCUGAGGAUUAUAUUUGAAAACUGUAUCCCAGAUAAUUCUUUGAUCUUCAAACGUUGCGAGUUCAUCUGUUAUACAAAUAGCAUGAUGAACAGAAUGAAAAAGAUCAUGAAAAUGUUGAUGUCCAUUUGGAUGCACCCAUUGAAGAUAUUGGAAAUUUAGCAAAUCCAAUGUAUCAUGGAAGUCAACUUUCUAAGAGGCGUCGUGUUGAUCUUGAUGAUGACAAAGAUGAUCAUGACAUUGAACCUAAUUUGUACACACAACAAAGGAAGCCUGCUUCAACCUUGGAAAUCAAACUUAGUUUCCGUGCUAUAUGUUAGACUACGUAGUGAUGGUUGACUUCAAAUUUGUUUCAAGUGUAAAGUAGUUUGUUUUAUUUGGCAUUUUAACUUAA